CACACUGGAAGGGCAGGGAAGCGAAUAGAGCCCCCUUCCUCUCGCCCAAUAGCAUCCAGGCGGUGGAUGACCCCUGGUCGUGCCAAGCAGGCAACAGCGAACCUGAGAUUCAAACAUCAUCAGCGCAACGGGCUUCACUUCGACUCACACUUCUUCCUCUCCAUCGCGACUCUCUUUUGCCCUGACUCCCUCCGUCCUCCCUCCCUCCCAACCCAAUUCCUCCAACUCGGCUACACGGUCCAGAGACACCACCUGGACUCGCCACCUUGGCCUCAGGUUAUCAUCCCCUCCACCAUCCGGGACCCUCUAUCUCACUCCCACUCGAACCUCACUUCAUCCCCAUUUGGUUCAAUUGCACUUCCGUGUUCUUGUAAAAGAACAGUUGUGCACUCCUAGAACCCCCAUCCGUACGAGGCUGUGAGCCCAACUGGUUCCCACCCUUUGGUCUAGUUGUGUAUCGCCUGUCCGCUCCUUCCGAGACCAUCCAACCACCGGUAUAUACCUUGCCCGCAGUGUACCACGCUUGACCUGCGCCCGAUUCGAGAGGCCACAUUGUAUUCAAAACGAACCCCACAAAUAGACGGGGGCGGCGUCCUCCCGACUGGAUAUCAUUGGCAGCAACUGGAAAAGAAGGAUCAACAACGCGGCAACUGUGAGUAAAGGCGACUUUGGUUUCAUACAUCUUCAGUCUUCGGUUUAUAUCUUUUGAGGGGCUAUUGGCACAGGUGAGUCACAAGCCACGGGGGAAUGAUCCAACUCGACCAAUCGACCGCGUGCUAAACUUCGGGCUAGCACUUCUGCGUGUCAUCUGCGUCUUCUCCCAGCGUUGGUUCAUCCAGACCUUUACAUAUACCAACCAUGGCGUCCUCCACCACCAUGCCUCCUCCUCCCACUCCUUUUGCUCAUCGCCGUACUCCUCGACUCAUCACCAAGGGUCUUUCUGCGUCUUCUCCCACUUCGACAGAGUCAUCAGCAUGCAUCUUGCAUAAGAUGUCCCUGUCCAAGGGCGCGACGUUCCACUACUCGUCCUCGCCGGCCACUGAGGAUGACCCAGUGCUCAGCAUCCCUCACCUGACUCGUCGCUCUCCGACAUGCUCCCAGUCGACUCUCACUAGCUGGCUCUCUGAAAAGGAAGACGUUGCUCAGUCCAUCGCCGACUUCGAACACACCUUCUCUGGCGCCCGCGGCAGGAAGACAUCCAGUCGUCGUCGCUCCACCCCACCGCUUGACCAACAAGUCUGGGUCCGCCGUGUCACGUUACCCUCUGACGAAGGGUUGGGUUCGUCGAUCAGCCCCGCGAGUGACAAAGGUCUAGCCAAGUCAUUCGAAAGAGCUUUGGAUUUGUUGUCGAACAAGGACAGUGGUCUGGGCACUUCCAUCAGUGACUCAGCCGAGAAAGCCGUGGGAACCGCUGCCGAAGACGACGGUCUUGCACAAGCAAUUCAAGUAGCUGACUCUCCAGACGCGACAACGCGACGCACUAGGCAACGAGGCAGCCUCCCCUCAUCUAGGACUUCUAGCACCGUUACCCGAUCCGCUGUCACGCAGAGUAUCGCUCCACUUCCUUCUCGACCUUCACUGCGUCACCCCGCAUUGAGUCCUUCCGCUCGGAAGAAGAUCAAGGACUAUAUAAUCACUCCCAUCCUCCGAGAAGACAGAUUCGAGGACUUCCAUCCUCUCGUCACUGCCCUUGGGUCCAAGAACAACAAGGCUGUCAGAUGCCUGCGUGACCUGGAACAGAGCCUUAUCUUCCAGCCCCUGACACUUGCCAUCUCAAGGCAACUGUACCGCAUCUUUGGCGAGUUCACGAUCCAGCUUGUUGUCGAUACCUAUCAACACCUUGCUGAGUCGGAACAACGCCGUGCUGCCGACCGUCCUUACGACAACGGUUAUUUCCUUGACUUGGUGCAACAAGUCAACCGGCUAGCUGCGCAUAUCGGCUCCUCCAGUCGCGCUCAGCAGGCGGGCACUGCUGAGGAAGACGACGACAUGGCUUACUCCAUCGAUGAUGAGGUCACCCUUGAAGGUGGCCUCGGUGAAACUGGCAAUGAGGCUGAGCUCGUUCGCUGGAAGAACGGCAAGGGCUACUCUCUCAGGACGGGUCUACCUUACGUGCCCAGUCCUGGGGUCAAGAGAGCGAGCAGUGAGGCUCUCGAUGAAGACGUGGCGCGGUCCAUGGCUCGCAGAAAGAAGGGCUACAUCCCCGAAAUCGUCGAGAUGAAAUGCUCUGACCCUACCUGUGACAAGAUCUUCAAUAGGAAGUGUGAUCUGGCGAAGCACGAGAAGACUCACUCUCGUCCUUUCAAAUGCCCUGAGACGAGCUGCAAGUACCACGAGCUUGGUCUUCCAACUGAGAAGGAACGUGAGCGUCACAUCAACGACCGUCAUUCCAAAGACCCUGUCUACUACAAGUGCGAGUUCUGUGAGUUCCGAACCAAGCGGGAGAGCAACUGCAAGCAGCAUCAGGAGAAGAAGCAUGGCUGGCACUAUGAACGUGCCAAGGGCAAAGACAAGGCCGUCACCAAAAUGACGCCGGCUCAGACUCCACGAACUCCAAGCAUGGAUUACUCUCCCAGCCCAGCCGUCUCCAUCAGGACCUGGGACGACACCAGCUCUGUUGCGGGAAGCAUUGCUGGAAGCAUGCCAGGCAGCUCCUCCAUGACACCAUUCGAGCAGCCCAUCAAUGCCUUCGACAACUUCAACUCCACGCCGGUCACAUACUCCAACCCAAUCUUCCCACGAAACCCUCCGGCCGCGCAAUACAACCCAAUGGGCGAUGAUUUCGACUUCAACGCCCCCUUCCAGAGCUCUUACCAGCCUGCUCAGUAUCCCAACAUGAUGACCACACCUAUCACACCGACGUACAGCAACAUCACCGAGCCGUCUCCAUACAAUACGGCAAUGGACAUCACAAUGGACUGCAACAAUCCAACCUCCUGGAAUCAAGGGCUCCCGACACCGAGUUCUUAUUUCCAGCCGAACUCUCGCAACCCAUCGAUCUCGGAGCAUUCUCCCAUGAUCGCUGGUCCUUCUGGACAGUCAUUCAACGAUGCCCCGUUGAUUGGCUCGGACCCGGAGUUCCCUCAUAGUGACUUCUCCCUCUUUGGAGGUGAAGGCAGCAACGCCUUUUCGAAUCCCGCCGCCGCCACGGCGACUUUGUUCCCAGGUGGCCCGGAGGCGUUUGCUACACUCGACAACGACCCCAUGUUCGAUUCGGCGUGGAACGAUAGCGAUUUCAUCGAUUACGACAUGAACAAUUAGACGUCACCGAGGAGGAGUACUCGGUGGGGACCACAACGGCCAAGGCGGCAAAGAGGCACACUGCCCGCCGCCAUGUACACUUUAACAUGUUUUCGUGGAGCGAACUUUAGUUUUAUUUUGGGGACCUUUUCCUUUUCACUACCAACUCCACCCAUCGACAAACACACCAAAAAAAAAAGAUGCAGGUGUCGAGACAGUGUGAAGUGGGCUGAAGAUUGAUGACUUGAAUAAUUGAUGACGACGUGAUGAUAUUGGUCCAGUUCUUUUCCUAUUUCCAUUCUCUCACCGUGGAACAAGCAGGAGCUGGUGAUUCGAGAGUGGACGCGAACAAUCCAACUGGCUCAUGGGAAAGCCAACGUUUGUCAUCGCCAGGGGAAGGACUGAAGGGAAAGGCUGGUUCAAUCAAUCCACAUUUUGUGCUGGUUUCAUAUCAUGAUUCGAUAGCUCUUGUUUGGCUAUGGAGAAUGGGGGAAUCGGUCAACCUUGACAUUGAUACAAGAUACAGAAAUACAAAAAUCCAUCUCCUUCACAAAUCAA